AGCCCAAUCCCUCUCCCUCCUCUCUCCUCCCCUUCUCUCUCUGCGCGCGACCGCGACGAAACCCUAGAUCUGCGAGGCCCAGCUCAUCGGCGACCGGACCCCCCCGAUCGCCCCUCGCCGCGGAUCGACCUCGUCCUCCCGGCACCGCCAGAUCGAGGGUUAGAAUUCUAUAACUAAGACAGAGGCCGACGCAAGUUGGUUCUUUCUUGACACAUAGAUGACCAACCACCAACCAAGAUAACUCCUGUUGCAUCUGUGAGAUGAGGAAUUUGUUUUUAGAUAGAAGAUGGCGACCCUAGAAGAAAACAACGAUGUGAAAACUCCUGAAACACAGCCCAACAAGCGGAGAAAAAAGAAGUCCAUCGUCUGGGAACACUUCACAAUAGAAACCGUGAGUCCUGGAUGUAGAAGGGCUUGCUGUAAGCAGUGCAAGCAAAGUUUUGCUUAUAGUACAGGCUCAAAGGUUGCUGGCACCAGCCACCUCAAACGUCAUAUUGCUAAGGGCACCUGUCCUGCUCUUCUACGUAACCAAGACAAGAAUCAGAUCACACCAUACUCUGCACCUGGAAGAAUGGGUUCUGAUCCUCCUAAACGUCGCUAUAGAACUUCUGCUGUCCCUCUCAUAUCUUUCGACCAGGACCAGUGUCGCCAUGAGAUUGCUAAGAUGAUUAUAAUGCAUGACUACCCACUUCACAUGGUUGAGCAUCCUGGGUUUGUGACUUUUGUCCAGAACCUUCAACCACGGUUCGAUCUGGUCUCUUUUAAUGCUGUACAAGGUGACUGUGUAGCAACUUAUUUAUGUGAAAAGCAAGGUGUGAUGAAGUUCAUCGAGGGAAUGCCAGGACGAGUUUGCCUCACUGUCGAUAUUUGGACUUCUAGUCAAAGUUUGGGUUAUCUAUUUCUGACUGGCCAUUUCAUGGAUAGUGACUGGAAGAUGCAUCGCAGGCUUCUCAAUAUUGUAAUGGAGCCGUUUUCUGCAUUAAGUCAUGCAGUUGCUACUUGUCUUGCUGAUUGGAAUCUGGAGAGUAAAUUGUUCUCUGUUACCUUUAAUCAGCCACUGACUGAAGCAGCACGUGAAAAUCUAAAACCUUUUCUUGCUAUCAAGAACCCACAUAUUCUCAAUGGUCAGUUGUUGAUCAGCAAUUGCGUUGCACGUACCUUGACUGCUGUGGCGAAAGAUGUACUUGGGGCAGGGGAAGGAAUUGUAAAGAAAAUACGGAACAGUGUAAAGUACGUGAAGACAUCAGACUCACAUGAGGAAAAGUUCAUAGAUCUCAAGCAACAGCUGCAAGUUCCAAGCGAGAGAAGCCUUUCUUUAGAUGAUCAAACUCAGUGGAACACAACAUAUGAAAUGCUGGUGGCUGCUUCGGAGCUGAAGGAAGUUUUCUCUUGCUUAGAUACCUCCGAUCCCGAUUACAAGCAAGCCCCAACACUGGAAGAGUGGAAGCAGGUGGAAACCCUCUGUACCUACUUAAAACCAGUUUAUGAAGCAGCAAGUAUACUUACGACCACCACCAGCCCUACUGCAGUUAUAUUCUUUCAUGAAGUGUGGAAGAUACAAGCAGAUCUUGCUCGUGCAGUCACAAGUGAGGAUCCCUUCAUCUCUGAUCUUACCAAGCCGAUGCUUGAAAAGAUUGAUAAAUACUGGAAGGACUGCAGCCUGGUUUUGGCCAUGGCUGUGGUCAUGGAUCCUCGGUUCAAGAUGAAGCUUGUUGAGUUCAGUUUCACUAAAGUGUUUGGUGAAGAUGCUCCGAAUUAUGUGAAGAUAGUUGAUGAAGGCAUCCACGAGCUGUUUCUCGAAUAUGUUUCGCUUCCAUUGCCUCUGACGCCCACUUACGCGGAAGAAGGGCAUAAUGGAAACAAGAUGGAGGAAUCACCUCAAGGAGGGCAUCUUCUGACAGACCAUGGACUGACUGAUUUCGAUAUGUAUAUCAUGGAGACUAGUGGCCAGCAGAUGAAGUCGGAGCUGGACCAGUAUCUGGAUGAAACUUUGUUGCCUCGAGUGCAAGAGUUUGAUGUGUUAGGGUGGUGGAAGCUGAACAAGCUGAAAUACCCGACCCUCUCUAAAAUGGCUCGUGACAUCCUGUCCAUCCCAGUGUCUACUGUUCUUCCCGAUUCUGUAUUUGAUACCGCACCUAAGGAGAUGGAUAGGUACAGGUGUUCCCUGCGACCCGACACGGUGGAAGCCCUGUUGUGCACUAAGGACUGGCUACAGUACGGCUCGUCCCAGAUAUCAAACGCCCUUGUGAAAGUGGAAAUGUAGGUUUAGCUCACAUCUCAAUCUGGACUUUGUGUUAAAAUCUAGGCUUGAUAGGUUGUAAUUUGCCUCCCGGAAUACCACUUUGCCAUUGAGUGGGAUUGUUUAGAAUUUGGAUGCUUGAUCAUUGAACCUCGGUUAGUUCACCUUACACUCUUUUUUAACUAAUACUUUCUGCAACUGGAGAUGGGCUCUCAGGUGUCAAGUUUCUUACCA